CAGAUCAUUCAGAAAAAUAGCUGCUUGGUGCUAUCACAGAGAAUAGAAUACCUAGGCUUAAUGCUGGAUUCUCUCGCUUGGAAGACCGCAUCAUGUCCCUUUGACAGUGCCUCUCCCUGUUCCACAACGUGUGUUCAGGAUUUGCCUCCAAGUGCUGGGGUUGAUGGCAUCCACCAUCUCCGUACCUCUUGGUCUACUGAGGAUGAGAGACUUCCAGCGCUGGAUGUUAGCCCCAAACCUGUGUACACGGCUUCAGCUCAAUUGCCAGAUAGAGGUAACUUCCAUGUGUCUCUUGGCUCUCUGUCACUGGGAGGAAAAAAAAUUGAUCUUUGUUCCUGGCACUCCCCUAGGGUAGAUAGUGGUGAAGACAGAUGCAUCACUCAAGGGCUGGGACACAGUUCACAUGGGGGAAAUGCAAUAAAAGGAGUUUAGACUCCACAACUCAGCAUUUCUCACAUAAAUGACAUUGAAAUGUUGAUAGUGCAUUUUUUCACUGAAACACUUUCGACUCUCCCUUUGGAAUUGUCUUGAUCAGAACGGACAAUACGACUGUGGUGGCAUACAUCAACCGCCAGAGUGGCACUGUGUUUAAACAGACUAUCCGUCUGGAUUAUCCUGUGAAGCAGCGCACACUUACCGUCCCUACGAGAGACUCAUGUCGUACCGAACACAGGCGCUGACUUAUUUUCCAGAGGGAGUCCCAAUCUAGGGGAUGGAGACUUCUCCCCCAAGUGGUGAAACAGAUCUGGGAAAGAUACGGUCAAGCAUUCGUAGAUAUAAAGUUUGUGCCUAUUCCAUAAGAUCAGUCUUGUGAAAGCUGCCUUUUCCUACACGAGAAGAACUGGACAAGGAAAUCCUCAUGAAAUUGUAUGUAAAACUAAUAAGUCACCACCUUACAAAAAAAUGUGGCUCUCAUGAACCCAACCGUGUCGGUUGUUUGGCUCUACGACAUCCACAAGCUUUGCGGCAGUUGUCUGAACUCUGUCGCGGACGUCCUCAUUUUUAAGAGGUCUUCUCACAAGACCAACUGUCCAGACCGAACCGUUGGAGCUACAAACUAAUAUCUCACCAAUAUCUCACAAACACGAAGGUGUGGGUUGUUUUGCUUUACGACACACGCAUGCUUCAGGGGAGUCUUCUGAAGGUAACCCAGUGUGUGAGGUGUGUGAGGGGAAAUGAGCAGGAGGUAGUAGCAACCAAGGCAACAGAUACUCACAAGCAGAGCAUUCACAUGCUCUGGACAGAGUGAGGCUCAUACACUAACACACAGCCUAACUGGCAGCUGCUGCCACUGCUCCUGAAAAGUAGAGUGUGUGUGUGUGUGACUACAUCCUAAUCACUCCAGAGAGAGGUACAUUGAAAUACUUCCAGAGCUAUUACAAGGAGAGAAUCUGUACAGGAGGGGAGAGAGCGAGAGAACUCAAUUCACUGAACUCAACAGAAGGUGGUUGUUAUUAGGCUACUGGGACUACUUCUUCUUACAACUAGUCACUUGGAUACAUAGCAGCAGCAUUGAUACUUUCUCUCAGCGAGCGAUGGUCGGCAACCUGGGGAUGCUGGACGAGUCCGAGCCACUAUGAGGACGGCUGUGUGGGAAUCAGUAACAACAGGAGUGUGAGUGACUCGCCAGAUAGAGGCGAUGCUUUCCGGGGAGGCCCUCCUGUGAAUCUCCCCGAAACACGCAUGACUCCUGCUCCAGGUGGGAAAACUAGGAUGGAACACACACACACUGCUCUGCAAAGAGCCACAGGAACAACUACCUCAGCAGCUGCUCUUUCACACACAAAGACACGCAUACCACUGUUGCCAUCACCACUCUGACCUGACAGAGGAAGAACACCGGAAGGUUCCGGAAUACAUUUUCCAGGAUGUUUGUGAAUUUCCGGCGGAUCCGCAAGUGCCAGUGCGUGCAGUUGAUGACCACAUGCCUGGUGCUGUCGGUGGUGAUGGUAUGCUGGGAGCAGCUGGACAGUGGCAUGGUGAGCCACAUCAACUCCUACUCUUACCGUUACCUGGUCAACAGCUACACUUUCAUCAACAAGAGCUUCACCAUCCCACGACAGGAGGCCCACAUGUUCAGUAACCACCGCUACCUACUCAACCACCCAUACAAGUGCUCAGGAGAGAAGGACAUUUUACUGCUUCUGCUCAUCAAGUCCUCCCCGGAGAACUUCGAGAGACGGCGAGCCAUACGGUCGACGUGGGGCAACGAGACCUACAUUCGCCAAGACCUGGGGGUGACGGUGAAGGUGAUGUUUGUGCUGGGCCUUCCCAAGCAGCAUGAGACUGCCCAGACGUGGAGGGGGAGGAGUGGAGGUAUCCAGGACAGCCUGGUCGAUGAGGACCGCAGGCAUGGCGACAUGGUCCAGCAGGACUUUGUGGACACGUUCCACAACCUCACCCUCAAGCUUCUGCUACAGUUCCGCUGGGCUCAUUUCUACUGCCCGCAUGCCCGCUUCCUCAUGACAGCUGACAAUGAUAUCUUCGUGCACAUGCCCAACCUGGUGCGCUACCUGCAGGACAUGGACAGGAAGGGCGUGACGGACUUCUGGAUCGGUCACGUGCACAGAGGCGCGCCACCGAUCCGCCAGAAGGAAAGCAAGUACUACGUCCCGCAAGAGAUGUACCCUUGGGCGUCAUACCCGGACUACACGGCAGGGGCCGGUUACGUCGUCUCAAGAGACGUGGCGGACAAAAUCUACCAGGCCUCAUUGACGCUCAAUGCCUCGCUGUACAUUGACGAUGUCUUCAUGGGCAUCUGUGCCAAUGCCAUGGGCGUGUCGCCACAGGAACACGUGUACUUCUCAGGCGAAGGCAAGGCGCCCUACCACUUGUGCAUCUACGACAAGAUGAUGACAUCGCACGGCCAUGUGGCCGACAUUUAUGAGCUCUGGGCAGCCGCCACAAACCCGGAGGUCAAAAGGGUCACAUCGGGACUUCUUGGGAGGUUGUACUGCACGGCAGUGAAACUCACCCUUCUGUGCAGACCCUACUUCUUCAACACCUACCCCUGCAAGGCAGCCUUGUUGUAGUACUGUAAACUUACUGUGUUUGGUCCAAAACGGAGUGCGGGAUCAUUUUGCUUUCAUCACUCCCAUUAUUUGAAAAGACUUGAGGAGGGAAGGGGGAGGGAGAAACGCAUGAGUCAUAUCUAUUGCUGUAAAUGUGGGUUUUACAUUAACCAUCUACCUAUAUGGUUUUACAGUAACUGUCUAUCUAUAUGGUUUUACAGUAACUGUCUAUCUAUAUGGUUUUACAGUAACUGUCUAUCUAUAUGGUUUUACAGCAACUGUCUAUCUAUAUGGUUUUACAGUAACUGUCUAUCUAUAUGGUUUUACAGUAACUGUCUAUCUAUAUGGUUUUACAGUAACUGCCUAUCUAUAUGGUUUUACAGCAACUGUCUAUCUAUAUGGUUUUACAGUAACUGUCUAUCUAUAUGGUUUUACAGCAACUGUCUAUCUAUAUGGUUUUACAGCAACUGUCUAUCUAUAUGGUUUUACAGCAACUGUCUAUCUAUAUGGUUUUACAGUAACUGUCUAUCUAUAUGUUUUACAGUAACUGUCUAUCUAUAUGGUUUUACAGUAACUGUCUAUCUAUAUGGUUUUACAGCAACUGUCUAUCUAUAUGGUUUUACAGUAACUGUCUAUCUAUAUGGUUUUACAGUAACUGUCUAUCUAUAUGGUUUUACAGUAACUGUCUAUCUAUAUGGUUUUACAGUAACUGUCUAUCUAUAUGGCCGGCAGUGGUCCAGUUCUUGCUAGCUUUAAGAUGUAUUGAACAGUCCCACCUCUCUGGGAGGGCAGAGGCUGAAUGUGAUGAACAACAGAUGCUUCCCAAGGAGAUGCUGUCCAGACAUUAUGUUGAAACAUAGGAUUCACAGUGAAUUUCUUCUCCCACUCCCCCAUCUCCUUCCGUUAAACUGAUUGAGAGAAUGUUUCCCUGGCCUUGAACUCUGUUGAUUAUGCGGUUUAAAACUAACUGCGCAUGAACACAAUUGGCUCAUUGUCUGUCGUUUCCCGGUAAGGUUAGCUAAGGUUAACGAGAAGAGACUGUUUAUAACUUUAUUAUAACUUAACAGUCCAUAUGGUUGGCCGGCAGUAUGAAACUGCAAGCAGUCAUUUGAAACUGAGGUUAAUAAAAGUCUUACAAACU